AUGAUGGGGGAAGUGGUUCGCUAUGUCAUCCCUGGACCCUUGCAGUGUUCUAUGGGCUGUGGAGGUCAGGCCUGCAAAAAUGGCAUAACUUCAGUGAUCAACUUGCAGAAGCCCGGGGAACACGCCAGCUGUGGUAACCCCCUUGAGCCCGACAGCGGCUUCUCCUACCGCCCGGAGGUUUUCAUGGCCAAUGAUAUAUAUUUUUACAAUUUUGGCUGGGAAGACUAUGGUGUGUCCAACAACGCAAACAUACUUGACAUGAUGAAAGUCAUGGUGUUUGCGAUGCAGGAGGGGAAAAUAGCAGUCCACUGCCACGCUGGUCUAGGAAGAACAGGGGUAUUGUUAGCUUGUUUCCUGGCCUACGCCUCCAGGCUGACGGCGGACCAGGCCAUCAUCUACGUGCGCGCCAAGCGUCCCAACUCCAUCCAGACCAGAGGUCAGCUGCAGUGUGUCCGGAGGUUCGUCAGGUUCCUCGACCCUCUGAGGAGCGUGUUCUCGUGCGCCUCCCCCCGCUCCUCCCCCUGCACCCUGAGGCAGUUCCUGGUCCGCCAGAGACACAUGCUGCACGGCCUGGAGCGACGCGAGAUGAGACACCUGCCCAAGAUCAUCCAGCUGGUGUCCCAGCUGCUGGUGGACAUCGCCGAGAACCGGGAGGUCAUCGAGGAGGACAUCCUGGAGGCCCCGGACAUCAACGACGUGGAGAUGAGCCUCAGCCUCAUGGAGAAGAUGAGCAUGGAGUACGGACCGGGGGGGCGGCCGCGCCUCCCCGGACCGCCCACCUUACCCAGGCACGCCAACGAGCCCGCCAUCUUCUACCACCGCAAGAGUCUCAGCUACAGCGACUCGGACCUGAGGCGGCUCGGCCCGGAGCUCAGCUUGCCGGGUCAAGCCUCGUGCUCCCUGUCCACAGGUCACCUCAACAUGGCCUGCAUGAUGCAGCCUGCCCGGCUGGCUUCCCUGGGCCGAGGGCAGAAAGGUUCCAUUUGGGAGCAGAAGAAUCUCACCACCGAGAAUGGCUCCCUCGUGCUGAAAAGGAAAAAGGAGGUCUUUCAUCGCACGGGGUCCUUUGAAAACGACAAGGGAUCGUCCCCCAUCGGCAGCUUGUUGUUCAGGUGGAAGAGGGAGCAGAGGGCCGGUUUGAAGCGGUCCCCUUCUAGAGAUUGCGAGGAGUCGGAGGUCCCCUUCAUCACACUGCAGACAGAGCUCUCUUUGGAAGCUAGGAGGCUACUGGUGGCCCAGGCACUGGCUGUGGAUCUGACCCAGGAUGGUGAAGACCAACACCGGCACACAGUCUCUUUCUGGCAGGCAGAGCUGAACCACGGCGGGGCCUGGGAGAGGCUGUGUAUGGAGAGGGAUCCAUUCAUCUUGACCGGACUGAUGUGGGCUUGGCUGGAACAGCUCAAAGAGCCCGCUAUCGACCGCGAGGCUGCUGAGAGCCUGGACCCCAAAAACACAGACUCCCAGACCGCACUGGAUACGCUGGACCAGGCUCCCAGAAUCACAUUGGUGUGUGUGCUCGACUGCAUGGCCCGUUUGUUGUUGAUACCAGAGGACCUGGAGAACGCCUUCCUGCGACGCACCAUCAAGGCUUUCACAAAGCUGGAAGACGACUCAGAAGGAAAGAGUGUGUACGAGAACAUGGCGGUCGUGCUCAGGUUGGUCCUUUUGGACAUGAGACUGAAAGCCAUUGAAGAGGACGAGGCUGCCAAUGUGUUGCUGUCCAGCAAAUAG